AGCUCAGUCACACCCUUGUCACGAUAUGUCACAAAACAUCAAGUGUCGAUAAUGCAUAGUUCCUGAAUCCCGACGACUUAUGCGUAUGAGAAAUCGACGAGAAACAAGUCCAGGAGCAGCAUAUUAAUCAAGACAAGACAUUCUGAGUCUUAUAUGUCUCCUUCAACCUUGGCGGGUAACUUUCGCUGAAGGCUGAUCAUGACAUUGUCUACUUUUUUGACACAGAUUCUUCCGCUGAUCCUGGUUGCCAGUGACCUCGAUUCCCACUGACAGCGCUAGAUGCAAUCAUACCGUACGGCGUCUAUUAUGCCGAACAACCCUCGACAACCUCUUCUCCUCUCCCCCUCAGCUGAACUGCAUCCACGAUCCCAUUCACUUUGAAUCCCUCUCAAUUUCCGAUGCUGCGCGUCGUUCGUCGUUUGUUUCGUCCCACAAUCACGCGUAGUAGCCUAGAAGAACGACAUAUUAUUAAACUUGAAAUCAUCGGCGGAAAGAAUCUUCAAGUCCCUUCUCAGCGCAUACCUGCAGGCGUUUACAUAUCCAUCAAUAUCGACUCGAAGAGACAAUGGAGGUCGUCCGUCCAAGCCCUAUCAUCUGAAGAAUCAGUAGUAUGGGGCGAUACUGUGACCCUAUCAUCGAAGGCAUCACGUGCAUUCUCAGUGGAGAUCAGGGCGUCAUAUGAGGCUGAUCGAAUGCUAGGCAGUGGAGAAGUCCUUGGGAAACUUCAAAUGUGGUGGGAUGAGCUACUCGAUCAUGGAGAUGAGCCAUUUGUUCUAUCCUUCCCACCUGUGCGUGGUGUCCACCCUUCCCUUAUACUGAAGGUUGCCGUUGUACAUGCUUGCGACAAUCACAACGGCGCACUGUCUGAUUGCCUCGUAGACUGCGAAAUAGCUCGAGACACAGAUGCGGGCCACGCACGAUAUGCCAAAUAUGUAACGAGAAAAACAGUCGCUCACCUGAACUAUGCUGUAGAGCAUUUUCAGUUGGUCCUGGACCAGUGUCCGGUCAGCCACCCAGAUCACGCAAUGGCUCUCACCAACCUCGCGUGGGCCCGCCUUCAAGGAUAUAUCGACAACCAUCUUCAAGACAUUGCUGCCACCAUUUCUCUCUUCCGUGACGCCCUUGCAUUGCGUCCUCAGCGCCAUCCGGAUUAUCCCAUAUCUCUAUAUAAUCUCACUUCAGCGCUGACUUGGCGCCACAGGAAGAAAGGUACUGCUGCCGACAUCUGCGAAGCCGCCCAACUCUAUCAUGAGUUACUACCUCUCUGUCCAGAAGGCACCUACCUUCGUAGCAUCGCAGCAGGACCAAAUGAUGUCGAUUAUGUGAUCAGUGAAUGCAAUGAUCUUCCAAUAGACGCAUCCGAUGAAGGCAUCCACCUUCGAAGAGUCGUCCUCGAGCUCGGUCCUCUGGGCCAUCCACUUCGUUGCAGUGCCUUCAACAAUCUUGCACAAGCAGUUAAAGCACGCUUCAACCAACGCGGCAGCAUCGAUGAUCUUGACACGAGCAUACAACUUGGUCGUGAAGUUGUGUCUCUGUGCCCCGAGGGACAUGCUGGCCGUGCUAGCUAUCUGAACGACUUGGUGUCAUCACUCGAGUCCCGCUUCGGUCACCAAGGCAAGCCCAAUGACCUCGAUGAUAUCAUCUCUCUGCACGAAAAACUGCUGCACCUGUGCCCUGUCGGGCACACAUCUCGUGGUGUCUCAUUGGACAACCUAGGCAAUGCCCUCAUCACUCGUUUCUACAAACGCGGUGACAUUGAUGACAUCACACGAGCUGUCAGCCUCCGUCGCGAGGCACUGACAUUACAUCCACCCGGGCAUCCAAGUCAUGGCACCACGCUUAAAAACCUUACCACCGCGCUCAAAAUCAGGUAUGCCAAUUUGCCGGUUGGCGAGGAUCUUGAUGAGGUCAUGAAUCGGUAUCGCGAAUCCCUUUUGCUAAGGCAACAUGACUGUACCUUGUACAAUAUCAGGUGAUCUUUUCAAUUUGAGCUCGGCGCUCUGCUCUCGUUUCACGCUGUGUCAGUGUGGUCUGGCUAGGGCACCUAUACCUCCCAUAUUUCCUUCUAAGUA